AUGAAGAACUCGAUCCUCGUAGCGGCCACGCUCAUCAGUGCGGCGCUAGGUCAAAAUGUCAGUCGCGGCGCUGCGAUGAUGCGCUUCGCAUGUUCUCAACUCACCGUCGAGCGGCUAGACCCCUUGGUCAACCCUGGAGUCGUUGGAAGUCCGCAUACGCACCAAAUCGUCGGAGGGAACAGCUUUCAGGCUGAAAUGAAGCCUGUGGAGUAUGAUCUGGUCGAGAAGAGUACUUGUACUACGUGUACUUUCAGCGAAGACUUCAGGUAUGCCAUGAGGCGCCUAGCUGGUUUUCGCAUGCUCGCUGGUAACCCAAUUCUUCGCAAUACCACUGGCGAGUCCCGCGGUAUCUGCCAUCGCUGCAUUUACAAGGACUCACAGCCCUUUGGUGGCGCUCCGUGUACAGGAGAAGAUACAACAUUCCUCCCCAACCGCAUGUGCGAAGGUGGCAUUCGUACCCAAGUCACCUUCCCUACAUGCUGGGACGGCGUCAACCUCGACUCGCCAGAUCACCAGAGCCACGUCGCAUAUGCAGAGAUCCCGUAUGAGCCAUACUUCCCGCCCAUGGCUACAUUUCCGUAUACACCCGAGCAGCAGAGGGGCAAGUGUCCAGAGGGCUAUCCCGUGCAGCUUCCGCAAAUCAUGUAUGAGGUCAUGUUCGACACGACCCCAUUCAAUACUCCUGAGCUGUGGGGCGAGGAGGGGACACAGCCAUUUGUGUUCAGUAUGGGCGAUGCGUGA